AUGAUACCUUAUUAUCUCACGAGUCUAAUCUUGACCCGAGACAACCAGUCUGAAAAUGGUAGAAAACGCGCUUCCACUGGAUAUGAUCUGAUUUCUUUUGAUGAAUUCUUAAAAACGAAACGUAAAGGCACAAAAGAAACUGUUAGAUCAUCCACAAAAAAGAUCGGCUCUCUUAUCAAACAUGAAACAAAUUCCAACAUCAACACUACAACUGAUGAAGAUUCUUUGGCAUCAAGCACGCGUUCAAAAUCACCUGUGAUUGAUCUGAAUACUAUUAAAGCGAUAAUGGCUUCUUUGUCUGAUACCACGAAUCGAACUAUCGAAUCUUCUGGCACUACUAACCUUGUCAAAGGCAAGCAAUCUAAUGAAGAUAAUGCAGAAAGUCAUGAAAGCUCAUAUUCCAAUUCGAAAUUACCAGUAUCUAGUCCCAAGUCUUCGACUGCAAAUUCUCAACCACAACCAAACCCGAAAGCGCAAAACGAGCAAAAAAAAAUUGUACACAAUGUAAUUGAACAUGAUGACGUAAUCGAAGAAGUAGAUGAUAUUCCGGCCGCUACGAAAACAAGUAAAGAUACUAUUUUGAAAAAGCUACAGAAUAUAUUUUAUUCGAUGCUUAUCUCAAGACUGAAAGUGAGAUGGAGACUCCGCCGAAUACACCUUUUGAAAUUGACCCCUACUUAUCUUCCAUAUCAAUAUAAACCAUCAACUUCUCCCUUUGGAAAUACUGGCUCAAGAGUAUUGAUGACUUUGUUCAUUAACAAUAAUGGAUCAGUAGUUCCAGAUGGAAUUCAUAGUUUAUGGGAUGCUUCCAAAAUUAAAGAUGCAACGGAUCUUUAUUCGUCCCUUUCAUCCCUUUUGAAUAUUUUGUCAAUGAAUACUUUGGGAUUUGUGGCUGGUCUUUUUAUUGAAUCUUUAAGAGGAUUUUUGGGGUGGGAAAUUUUUUGUGGUUAUGUUAACGUAGGCAUGGAUGAAAAAUUGUUAGAUGUUGAAUUAUGGGACCGACUUGGUGAAGUAUUUAUAAUAGCUGUAUCUCACUUCUGUGAACUGGCUAUUAAAGAAAAAGGUUGUCUCAUUUCUGAAGAUAAAUGGCUUGAAAUCGCACUUAUUGGAGAUCAAAAUAACGAAAUCUUGGAAAAUGUAGCCAAUAGGAUUAGUGAUCAUAUUUUUCAUUCAUCAAAAAACGCAAAAACUCUUCAACCUAUAGUUAGCACAACUAUUCCACUCGUUUAUGUUGCCGAAGUUCAAGCUCUUUUUCAUAUCAAGGAAGCCUUUUACAAUCUUAUUUCACGACAUGACAUAAUUAAGAUUCAAAAGAAAAGUAAAUUUACUUUUUCCGAACUUCACAGUAUUACCACACCUGCUUCUCUAGCGCAUUGGUUUACGUUGAUUAGAUGUGUUGUCCAAGCUUUUUAUGAGGGUAAAAAUAAUCUUGGCUCAAGUCUAGUAAACAAGUUGAAGGAAGAAUCAAUGACUGAUGACAAUUUGGAUAAACAGAUUAUUAUAAUGAGUUUACUAUCUCGAUCUCUCUUAAUUUGUGGUAAAGUUAAAGCUUCUAUUCAUUGUGCUGAUAAAGAUAAAGUUAUCGGCGGUAUAUCUUUACGAAAAAAUAAACAAAUGGAAACUAUGGAAACUGAAAAAAUUUGGUGA